GCUCGUGUAAACUGGAUGGUGGUCCGAACAAGAGUAGGCGGAGAGGAUGGCGGGGGUAGAGGGAGGGAUGAUUGAUUGAUUGCGGCCCUUGAGCAAUUUGAUGGAGGGUAGGUGGGUGCGGGUGCGGGUGCUGCCCUUGCGCCGAGCAAGCUACAACGAGUGAGCAAGAUGGCGGGAGGACAAAAGUGGUCAGGUCGUUAGCCCUCUCUCUCUCUCUCUCGCUCGCUCUCUCGCGUUUUCGGUUUUCGGGUCAACCAGCGAAGCGAAGCGCAGGGAGCGAGGAAGUUGCAGGCAUUCUGAAGCUCGUCUAUUUCGUUCGUUCGUACGAGCCAGAUUCAUGAUAAGUGAAGGGAAGGGGAGGAACGCACGCACGCACAGUGGGCGGGUGAUUAAUACACCCACUUUUCGAUUCGGGCGUGGGCUGCGAACAGUUAGAACGCGAUAGACCACAGCGAAGAGUUGGUGUUAUCACUGUUCAAGAGUUGGUUUGUGAAUUGAAGAAGAUCUGCAAGUGCCAUUACUUCCGUUCUCAGAGCUUUGGAGUCAUCGUGCAUGCGGGGAUUGAAGUGCGAGGCAUCGGUGGCUUGGCGCCACAAUUAGCUUCUCGAACCUGCAGGCUCCGAGCAUCAUCAACCACCUCCAAUUGCUGGGCCCUGCUCUCGCAAUGACAGACGCUGAGUGAGAGAGUGAGUGAGUGAUUGAGUGAUUGAGGGCUCGCUCCCAGCGUGCAUAUGUUGGCAAGCCCCUCUCCCAUCUCCAGACAAGAACCAAUCUGCCGAUCGCAGGCCGAGACUCCGAGGAGCUCACUGUGACCAUAAGUUGCAGGUCAGAGCGAGCAAUCAAUCCCGAGACGAUAGAAAGACCGAACAGUGGCGAGAGCGAGCGGUCGUGUCAGGCAUCGACUUCACGGCGAAUGGUGUACGCUCGCCAAUUGCAGGGUCCACAUUGCGCAGACCUCUCGUCGUCGUCGUCAUCGUCGUCAUUGCUGCCGGAGCACUGGCAUUGUCUCGAAAAUCGGUGGGGAUCGAGUAAAUCGAUCUGCUCAUGCACAGACGCUUUGCCAGGAGUUAGCAUCACAGUGAGGCAGGGAGGCAGGGAGGCAGGAUUCGGGCAGCAGCACAAGGGCGCGAGAAUUGCAGAAUGCGGUCCUCGGGGCUCAGCCUUAGACGACGAGGACGAUGAUAGUCGGUCCGUGGGCAGUUAAUGAGGCGAGAAGCGAGAGAAGUGAGAGGAGUGAGAGGAGUGAGCGCAGCGGAGUGCGAGACAGAGAGAGCGGGCGCGCAGCAGACGACGACAAGUCCGGAGCGCGAAGCGCUUUUGUAGAUCUCUGAGCAACGACGACGACGACGUGCAUUAAGUAGCAAUUGCCCAUUAAAGUGGCCGGGCUCCGUCGGGGCAGUGGUCCAAUGCUGGCGUGCCUGGUUUGCACUCGCACUGUCGAUGAUGUCGGGGGCGGAGGCGAGGGUCCGCAUGGCAGCGAGACCAAGACCAUCAGCACCAAGCAUGGCCUCCGCCUCUUCACUUUUCAGCUCAAGCAGAUGGCCUCCAGAUUCACCGCCGGAGCUCUGUACAAAAACUGCAGGCCCGGCUGUGUUCAAGUGACCAGGCAUGAUAUGCCCAAUGGCAACCCGGUCGUUCAUCCGUCUUCAGAUGAAGCUCAUGAGACCCACAGUCCUCAGUUCUCGUUGAAGAGUUAUAAAAUAGACGACAGGGCACGCACUCCUGGUCGUCAGGAUCCGUGCUCCACGCCUGAGAUUACAGACUUCAAAGGCACUCCACUGAAAUCAGUGAGGCCACUGCGGCGCAUUCAGUCCCAAUCAGCCUUGAGCGAUGAUGGAUCAGUCUAUGGAACUCCAAGUCCUGUCACCGUUGUCAAGGGUGUGGACAGUGAGUGGGUUGCUCAAGUGGAACCGGGAGUGUACAUCACCUUCUUCUCGUCUCCAGACGGUUUUAAUGAUCUGAAGCGGAUCAAAUUCAGCCGUAACAUGUACAGCAAGGAGCAAGCAGAAAGUUGGUGGACUCAAAACUGCGCGAUGGUUCGGGAGUUGUACAAUGUUCGCCCCCCGUCCUCGACAGCGGUGGAUGAUGAUCGGUUUUCCUCUGGCUACGCAACUCCAGACGCUUACAGCAACAGCCACAAGAGUCCUUGUCAUUCCUACAACGGCGACUAUCAACUCACGAAGAGAAAGGUUGCGACUGAUGCUCGAAGCAUCACCUCCGAGAAGAGUGAGACUGGAAACGAGUGGGUCGAACAAGAUGAGCCAGGCGUCUACCUUACCAUAAUAUAUGUCCAAGGAGUUGGCAAGCAGCUCAAACGAGUGCGGUUUAGCCGGGACAAGUACUCCGAAGCAGAAGCAUCGUUGUGGUGGGAUCAGAACAAGCAAAGGGUUUACGCAAGGUAUAUUGGUUCCAAGCCUGGGACAAGUUAAGCAUUACUUCUGCUUACUUCGUCUCUCAUCUUUUCUGAGCCAGAUGAUGGCUACCGUAGCCUGCUGCUUGGUUCCUCACGACGGAGGAAAUGGACGUGGGAGUUUAUUUACUCCACCGGACAAGCGGGUUUCAUUCUUUGAGAAGUUAUCCUGCGCAACACUCUUGUUGCGCCGAUCUACGUCACCCGUAGGAACGUCGCAUGCUGCUACACAGCUGUAUCAUAUUCGUUUGAACCAUGUACAAAAUUUUCAAGCAAACAUCAUAUUUGCAAGAUAGUGCAACCGGGGCGGAGUUCUGGGGCUAUUGAAGAAGCGAGGCCAUGGUCAGAGGGCAUACACACGGAGGAUGGAACAAAUCAAGCUGUUGACGCUCGUUGCCCAUACGAGUCUUCCGAAGUUUGUGUUUCAGCAGUCUCUGUGGAAAACAUCGACAUGUCUUUCCUGGAUACAUCUGAUUGUGAUGGAAAACUCAGCUUUUCAUAUUUGGAGUGGGUUUUUCCGAUCUCGGUCACAUGUAUCUGGUCACGAAUGACCUUUCUCAGCACACGAUUACUGCAGGGGCGAAUGUGGACCUGUUCCGAACAGUCCUCGUUCUCGGCAGCAGAUCAAUGCAAUGCCCUCGGGGUGAACCAUCAGCUUGCCACUUCACAUUCUCUCACAAGCGGUCUCUUACAAGGACGAUCGAUAGGGCACUGCGUCCUUCAUAAUCGAGUCUGGAGUUGUUUUACUGCUCUAACGCUUGGUUAUGAUGGACUUCGCUUGUUCCUGACACCUUGUGGGACACCAGCUGGUUUCGUGAAUCUGCCCAUCUGUGUUUCUGUGAUGUCCACAUACUGCCUCCUGGGAGACACAUCUCAUUCCCUGGUCUGAACGCUGGGCCGUCUGGAGGAUUCUACUGGAGGCAUUUCGCUGGUCGAAUGCAAAGGCUUGGUCGAUGCUUGGGGUUAGCUGAUAAUUAUGUUACUGCUGUUGCUCCCUGGAUAACCAUAACCGAGGUUAGAGGGGAGUUUCAGUCACAAACUCUUCCUUGCCUCAAGCAUUUGAAGUGCUACAUCAAAAUCGAAGAGCCGUGUUUAUUACCAGACUUCCUCGGGUCUUGUGGACACACAGGAGUAAUGCUCAAGAGAAUCAGGGCGUGAUGUUAGUGGUGCAUGCACAGGCUUGUGUGCUUGGGGGUGAACGAUUACUCUAGUGAGUGUCUGCAGUUCUUGUAACCAGGUAACGUAUGUUGCUGAAUAGUUAGAGCUGUCUUUGAAAUCAAUAUAUCAACCUUAGUGUGGCGGUGUGCACCCCGGAGACAACCACAAUGCCAGUCGGUUGUCUGCCUGUGGUUGCCAGAGCACACUAGUUAUUUUGAACAGAUUGUUGAACUCGAACAGUUCGGAUGUCAGGAGAGCCCCGAGAUGCUAUCUCGGUGUCUCUUCACCAUCCAUAACAGUCUCACGUGAGAAAUCUAUCGGGCUGUCGAUGUAACAGUUGACGAUGCGUCCUGGAUCAUUUCAAAUCGUGACAGGUUUGAUCUUUUGUAAGAAAGUUUCCAUCUCCACGUUUCCAGUAC